UUAGGUUAAUUGACUACGCUUGCGCGUAGACUAGCAUGGUGCUGGGUUGAGCCAAACUCGUUAAAACAAAAGGUCUUAAACACACAAAAGCAGCACAUAACCCCAAAGGCCGAACCCUGAUACUACCACCGGCGACACAAGCAGAGGAAAGGGCGGCGAAGAUGGCGACGAGACUAUAUGUUGGUGGUUUAGGAGAGAGAGUGAAAGAGGAGGAUCUCCGCAACACAUUUUCUCAUCUGGGUUCCAUUGAAACUAUUGAUAUUAUUCGAACUAAAGGUCGUAGCUUUGCUUACAUUAACUUUCUUCCUUCUUCAGAAAACUCCCUUGCCAAACUUUUCAGCACGUAUAUUGGGUGUUUGUGGAAGGGAGGGAAAUUAAAGCUGGAAAAGGCGAAAGAACAUUAUAUUGACCGGUUGAAGCAAGAAUGGGCAGAAGAUGCUGAACUCGUAAAUAGUGAAAACAUUAAUUCCAAUCUGAAUGAUCUUGAUGAAAAUGUGGCUGGUUCUCUAGAGCCCAAGAGCACCCUUGACUCCGAAAAGAUGCAGAUCCGGAUGUUCUUUCCCAAACUAAGGAAGGUAAAAGCAUUACCUUUUCGUGGAACUGGCAAACACAAAUACAGUUUCCAGCGUGUUGUAGUACCACCUCUUCCAGUUCAUUUCUGUGAUUGCCCAGAGCAUUAUGUUGACAUACAAAGUGACAAGAUGAAUGACAGAGAUAUUAUAAAUUCAGUGAUGAAUAAGCUUCUGUAUAAGGGAACUUCUCUGAAAUCUGGAUGUGUUCAGCCCCUAAGAGGAAUUCAAGUGCAUGAUACAAUUAUACAAGAUGAUGGCUUGAAUGAAGAAGAGAUUAAUGUCAUGAAUUCUGUGAUGAAGAAACUCUUAGAUAGGGAGAGUGCAAAAACUGAGCGAAGGGACCGUCAUAGUACUCCACAGAUAGCUGCCCCAACUGUUGAGUCGCAAGAGGAUAAUAACGAAAUAGAUGAAGAAACAGAUGAUGAUGAUGAUGAUAUUAAAAUCAAUACGGGGGCUGGACAAGAUUUUGGAUCAGAAAGCUGGGAGCUACAAACAAGCCUGCUUAAUAAGAUGGCGAGGUCAAAUGAGAACUCUAUUGAACCUUCCAAAAGCAAGUUUGGUACGCAGAUUAUAAAGGAAAAACUUUCCAAAAGGAAAUCAGUUUCCAAUGAAAGCAAUAAAAUGGAUCCUGCAUCUCCUAUCCAUGGAAAAAAGGCCCGUUUUCAAACUCAAAUAAUGGACUCAGAAGAGCAUUCGGAAUUGAUAAGUGUAACAGGGUCCAAUACCAAUAAAACAAUUACAAGUGGCAUGCCGACUCAGAAGGCUUCAUGGAAAAAACUGGUUGGUGAAGGCAGUAGCAGAUCAUUCUACUGGUCGGCUACACCUGGUGGUGAGACUAAGAUUGAUGAACAGCCUAUAUCUGGUGGAGAAACAUCAACCGACCGCAAGAAACACAAAAGGAAUAAUGAUGUUGUGAAUGAAGAGCAUAAACCUAGUAAUACGAUAUUUUCUGUGAACAAAGAACUUGAAAGGGUCAGCAACUCUGUGCCUGAAAACGUGGAUGACGAGACUAACAUUGAUGAACAGCCUACAUCUGGUGGAGAAACAUCAACUGACAGCAAUAAACACAAGAGAGAUAUUGAUGUUGUGAAUGAUGAGCAUAAACCUAGUAAUAUAACAUUGUCUAUCAACAAAGAACUUGAAAGGAUCAGCAACGCUGUGCCUGAAAACAAGGAUGGCUUAUCUUCCCAGUCAAAAGAAGCUAUAGAGGGACGUCAGGCAGCUCAACUGGCUGGAGCAAGUUCAAGUUUAAAUAUAGCAACUAGAGGCAGUACUUGGCUGCAAAAAUCAUCUUGGAGUCAGCUUGUAGGUGGUGGAAAGAGUAGCUCCUUUAGCAUUUCACAAAUCUUGCCAAAAGAUCUACUUGAGAAGCAACAGUUAAACAAACCAAAUAAUAAUGGCACUUCAAACAACUUUUUUAGUAGUGUAACUGCUUUUGGUGGCAAUAGAAGAUCAAGGUCUGGUGUAGCUGGGGAAGAUAAGAAAAAGGAAGCCCAAGAAAGUGCUGCUAGAGGUAGUCAUUCGAGUAUAACUCCAAAGGGAAAUGAUUGCUCUGAUUCAACUACUGCCAAGAAGUCUGAUUCAGAGCAGAAGGUGUCCAAUCCACGUCCGGGAGUUCGAAUCAGUGAAACUUGCCCUUUUAUGAGUAGUGCUGAUUCAUUGAAAGACUGGCAAACUGCUAAAACAACACUUACUAGCUCCCAUAAAAAGAGAAACAACAACAAACAGGAUUUUGCUUAGUAACUGUCGUCUAUUUUUGGUUUCAUGAAUUGUCAUUACUUAUACUUUUAUAGUUGGGAUCAGUCAGUAUCUCGAGCUUUUUUUACUAGACCAGUAUUAUUGUGCAAUUUCUAUGUGGCAAUUUUACAGAGAAGGCUAUCGUGUAUUUUCUUGAUCGUUGUGAAUUUUUGUACCUUUGGGUUGGAAAUUAAUGAAAGACCUGGUUUCCUUUUA